GUAUGAUGGACUCAUGAGAGAUGUUGAUAUGAUCGUCAAAAUUUAGGUCUGUGGCUAAAUUUAACUUCAUAAGACAACAAAUAAGUCAGUUAUUGAGCAUAGCUUUAUUUCAUAUGCACAUGAGCUCUUAAAAUAGUGUUACCUUUUCCAGCAUGACUUCCACUGAUAAGAUACAGCCCACAUUCUGUAGCAUAUAGGGUACUACUUGUCAAAAUGAAGGCAAUUUUGACCUAAACUUCAUUAUAUGCUAUAGAUAGUAAUUUGGCAAUAUAAUAAUAUUUGUUUUAAUUAUAACACUGACUAGGCCUAUAGCCUAAGAGUUUCAAAUCAGAAUGGUCAAGACUGUCUUUUGUCACAGCACCUUCGAUACCUCUAAGAUCCUCUUGCUUAUGAUGAUGAUGAUGAUGAUGACAAGAAUAACGGACAGGCGAUGUUGUAGUCAGCUAUGAGCAAUCAAAUCUGACGCAAAGAGGGUCCUCCGAACUUUGCCACCAAAAAUGGCGACCUCCAUGCUGUGCAGGAGGACAGCAAUAUUUAGCUGGGCUAUUCGAAUGGUUUCACCCUUAAAAUUGUAUAAUCCUGCCAGCUCACACUGCGGGCUUCUACAUCAGAUAGCAAAUUAUAACCCUAAACCACUGAAAUUAAAUUUGAAAGAUUCAUACAUACCAGAUAGGGAAAGCGAGAAAACUCCGGAAUGGCAGAAGACAGCGAAGUAUGACCGCAAGCUAUUCGGGCGGUAUGGCUCUUCGUCGGGAAUCGACCCUGCAAAGCUGUGGCCCAGCCAUGCCCAGCUCGAGGAGAUGAUAGCAGAGGAGAGGGAAUGGAACCCUCCGCUCCAGGUGAUGCUGAAGAACGUCGAGGCGAAAACGAAGGAAGCCAAUGCGAAACGUCUCGCGAGAGAGAAACUGGUUGCAGCCAAUAUGGCCAAGAUGCCUAAGAUGGUGGCUGACUGGAGGAAGGAAAAACGUGAGGCGAAACAGAAGUUGAAAGAUGAGAAGGCGCGUCGUGAAAGGCUGCUAGCCGAGGCCAGAGAACGCUUUGGCUAUGCUAUGGACCCCCGAAGCCCCAAGUUCCUGGAGAUGGUCAGUGAAAUCGAAAAGGAGAAGAAGAAAAGGAAGCUGAUGAAACGUAGACUAAAAGAAGAACAGACCCACGUCCCUCCUGCUGCUUCCUCGGCUGAUUCCUCAUCUUAAGGCACUGACUUUGUAAAUAUGACUAUUUAGUCAACAUUGUAAAUGUUUUGUUGUUGUCAACUGUGCGUUUUGAGUUUGGUUGCUGUAAUAAAUGAAACGCACUAGAACGAG